AUGCGUCUCGCCACUAAGCGUCUGGCCAAGGAGCUGACCGAGCUGCGCGCCUCGGGCGCGCCCGCCGGCUGUGCGCUGCUGCAGGCCGACGACCUGCAGACGUGGCUCUUCAGCAUCAGCGUGCUGGGCGAGAGCGUGUAUGCCGGCGAGACGUUUGCGCUGCGCUUCCGCUUUCCCGACGCGUACCCCAUGGAGAGCCCCGAGUGUGUGUUUGUCACCGACGGCGGCUGGAAGGCGCCCGUGCACGGGCACGUCUACUCCAACGGUCACAUCUGCGCCUCGAUUCUCGGCAACGAGUGGUCGCCCGUGCUGCACGCCUCGAGCGUGCUGCUCACGAUCCAGAGCAUGCUCGCCAGCGCCAAGAAGAAGGAGCUGCCGCCGGACAAUGACCGCUAUGUGAAGCGCGCGCCGCUCUCGCCCAAGGACACUCGCUGGGCAUACCACGACGACAACGUUUAG